AAGCGUUUCAAUAGAGUGAGCAUGCAAUAUAUCAAAACAUGUAGCAGUGCAUUGAGCAUGCUAAGAGCAAGAAGAUUAUGAUCACUAACAUCGACUGCUUGUAUAUAUGCUCUAUGCAGGAAAGGCUAGAGUGCUUAACAGAUGAGUAAAAUAAUGUUCUGAUUUGAAAAAAACUGAGGCAACUGUGGAUCAAGAUCAUAUGGCAUUCAGAGGUCUCCUCCCUCUUUUUAAGCAGCCAACAGCCCAGCCUCCCCAAUAGCAGAGAGAGAGAGAGAGAGAGAGAGUCAUGGUCUCUCGGGAGCACAAGAGAGUCGCCUUGCAUGAGAAGCUGCAACUCCUCCGAGCGGUCACACACUCUCAUGCACUGAACAAGACCUCUAUACUGCAGGACGCAUCAAAAUACAUUGAAGAGCUAAAGAAGAAAGUAGAUAUGCUGAAUCAAGAAAUUGAAUGCACGCAAAGCAGUAUCAGAGACAAAGCAUUACCUGAUGUGACUGUUGAAACCCUGCAAAGAGGAUUCUUGAUAAAUGUCUCUUCAAUGAUGAGUUAUCCAGGAUUGCUCGUCUCCAUUUUGGAAGCCUUUGAUCAGCUGGGACUCAGCGUGGUGCAAGCUAGGGCAGCCUGUACUGACACUUUUCAUCUAGAAGUGGUGGGAGGAGAUAUUAGAGUAGAGACUAUGGAUGCUCACGUGGUCAAACAAGCAGUUCUGCAUGCCAUCAAGGUUUGCUCUGGAAGCAUUGAAGAUUGAUUUAUAUAGCAGGUGAAAAGACCAAUAGGUCCUAGCAGAAAGAAAAGACCAAAAGAACCUUAGCAGAUAAAGAAGUCCUACAAGUGUUGCUAGAUGGAGAAAUUCACAAGAUGUUGGCAAAAGAUAAAGUUCAAGAAAAUUAAGGUUAACUAAAUACUUGGCAAUAGGCAUUGACAGAAGGAAAGGUCCAAGAUGGAGAAGACCAAUAGGAGUUGAUAGAAUGCUCGAAUGUGGUAGGUGUCAUUUGAGGAAUACCAGUGACAAGACCUCUUGGAAAAUAAGGAAGACUCAACGGGGAGGCCCCUUGGCAGAUAAUGAAGACCCAAAGGUGAGACUCUUGGCAAGCAAAAGAAAACCCAGAGGUCAGUCCUCUCGGAAUGUGAGAUGUGAGAGAUUAUAAGAGAUUGUAAUCUUGGAUUUCUGGGUAGGUUUUGGCUAGAAAUACAUUUAUCUAAGGAACAAGGUUCUCCUAGAUCAAAAUCGACUAGUGAGAUUGAGAUUUAGUCGAUUGAAAUGGAUUUUAAUUGACCAGAUAGUUGAGUCGACUAGAUAAUAAACUCAACUUUCUACUUGAGAACAAAAAGGUCUUGUUUUGAGUUCAAUUCAGUGAAAGGAAAU